CGCGCAGAGGCCGGCGCGCGUGGAGAGGGGGCGGGAGUUGGCAUUCGGUGGUCCUGGCGGUUAGUUGAGCAGGCCCUCUGAGCCGCUCGGUGGACACCAGGCUCUCUGGUAGGCCUGGCCUACUCAGAAACAGCAGGAGAGAGAACAAACAGGCCGGCUGUGAGAAGCCAAGGACACCGAGUCAGCCAUGGCACCUAAGGCAGCAAAAGGGGAAAAGCCGGCAAAGGGGGACAAGCCGGCAAAGGAAGACAAGCCAGCACAGGGGGACAAGCAGGCGGCAAAGAGGGACAAGCUGGAGCCAGAGCCAGCUCCACCUCCAGCCGAAGACAAACCCGGAGAGGAUGAAAAGGACGAUGAGGCAGCAGCACCGAAGAAACCCAAGUCAGUACAGCCCAAGCACAAAGUGGGCACGAGGAAGGGGUGUCGCCGCUACCGGUGGGAAUUAAAAGACAGCAAUAAAGAGUUCUGGCUCUUGGGGCACGCUGAGGUCAAGAUUCUGAGUGUGGUCUGCCUAAUAGUGGCAAUGACGCUGUUCUCCUCGCUCACCGUGCACCCCAUCUUGAUGCUUAUCAUCACCAUGGAGAUAUCCAUUUUCAGCUUCUUCAUCUUACUGUACAGCUUUGCCAUUAACAGAUACAUACCCUUCAUCCUGUGGCCCAUUUCUGACCUCUUCAAUGACCUGUUCUCCUUUGCGUUUCUUGUGGGAGCCAUGGUCUUUGCUGUGAGAAGUCGGCAGUCCAUGCAUAUCCACUACUUACUUGGUGUGAUCUUUAUGGGUUUGGCUGCAUUUUUUGCUUUUAUCGAUGUGUGUCUUCAAAGAAACCACUUCAGAGGCAAGAGGGUCAGAAAGCAUAUGCUGGUUCCUCCUCCAGGCAUGGAGAAAGAACCCCAGCAGGGCAAGGAACCAGAGCCCGCCAAGCCACUGGAAGCCGCCAAGCCACUGGAAGCUGCCAAGCCACCAGAGCCAGCAAAGGGAAAGAAAUGACUUGGUGGAAGCUCCUGGUGUCUGAAACGGCAGCGGAUUGUACAGCAAUGUUUCCACUCUCUGCCUUGUCUUCUUUCUAGAAUGGUUUUCUUUUCCAUUUUAAUUACCACCUUUGCUUGGAAAAGAAUAGAUUAAUAGAUUUUAAAAGCCUAAA